UUAAUUGGUCUUCUCGCGGCAUUGGCUUCGUCGCAGGCUGCGCGUUCGUGUGGGCCGCGGGUACGCAAGAGCUGGGAUGCGUUGACGGCGACCGAUAAAGCGACGUACAAGAGCGCCAUUGCUGACGCGAUGGAUUCAGGCGCCUACAUCAAGUUCGUCGAGAUUCACUCGGACAUGAUGUCGUGGAGCGAAGCCCACCAGACGUGCAUGUUCAUCUACUGGCACCGUCUCUUCCUCGUGGCGUUCGAGAACAUGUUGCGUGGGCUGAAUUCCAAGUACGCCUGCGUGACUGUGCCGUAUUUCAACUGGGCUGACGCGCACGGCCGCAUGAUGAGUGGAGAGUGCUCUACAGUGGCAGACUGCUCCGACAUUUUGACGGAUUUGGGCGGAGUUGACGGCGAGCUCGCAACAGUGUCGAUCUUUGACAAUAAAGUCGAGGGGUACUGUACAAGCGAGGCACCACUGAACCACUUCUGCGAGUCCAGCGAUAGUUCCUCCUGCGUCGGUUGCGUUCCAAGGGGAGAUUGGGCAACCUUCGACCUCCGUCCACCCGCGGGUGUAGCAUUCGCCUCUCUCGGCACCCAAGUGUUUGGUUCUAGGAGUAUUGCUGGGAUGGCAGCGGAAGUGGAGGGCGGAUUUCACGCACACGUGCACAACUUUAUGGGUGGGGUGAUGGGAAACAAGUUCGUGUCACCUGCUGACCCAAUCUUCUGGUCGCACCAUGCGAUGGUCGAUGCGCUCCACACCAUCUUCCACAAAUGUCGUGUUGGGUCAGCUCGCAUGACAUUUGCCCAGAAGGCUGCCAGCAACGAUUGGGACUCGUGUCCUCGCUCUGAUGGCGACUCCGUGUUCAAUCCUACGGACCUCGUGAUGAUGCAAACAACGUUUGGUGCGGAGCUAAUCGACGCUAGGGAAGACCCGACCAUCGGUGAAUAUUUCAUUGGUGUGCCCAGCAGGUUCGCCGACCUCGUGGACGUGCGCGACUUGGGGGCAAGCAGCUACUCGUACUUGUUUCCAGCGGACGGAUAUCUCGCAAGCAUGUUAUCCACCUGCGUAGCACCAGCCGCAGUAUCCCGAAAGCUUUCGAAGCGUCAUAACGUGACUUCAAACAGUAGCAACAGCAGUGGCAGCGGUGACGACUACGAUUCCAACACUUUUCGGAGUGUAUCCUCGGCAGGUGAUGACAACGUGGACGUCUACUUCAAAGGCACUUGCCGCGACUCAACUCGACUGAUGGUUGCGUGGUACAACGAAACCAUCACUGCAAUGGGCGGACCGUCCUCCGACGUCCUCGCCGACUUGGAGCGGCAGAUGUGUAUAUUUGAAAACCAGUGCCUUGGUGGGACGCGCGACUUCAAGCCCGAGUUCAAGCAAAGCUGGAACAUGACCGCCCCACGUUGUCUUCAGAUCGUGAACGCGAUCAAGAGCGGCGAGCAGCGGAUCCUGUACAAACAGUGGCGAGAAACGAUGGAGAGCUACUUCGGCUGCCCUGUGCCGCACAACAGCAGCAGCAGUGCCAGC